CUGCAUGCUGCGCUGCGCCGCGCGCCCUCGGAGCACUCCGGCCGCAACGUUCUGGGCGUUCCCUUCAGGCGAGUGUUUGGUUGGAGGGACGGGAACGCUGACGAGACCGCAGACCCUCACAGGCUCUUCAAGGAACUGGGCAUGGCAGCGGGUGUGACUGCGCGCGAUGCAGCGCUGUACUGCUGGCAUUCUCUGGAGGACAAGGCCUGCUCUGUGUGGCAGCGACUUCGCCCCAGAAGAUACCUUGCAUUCCCCUGAUGCCUGUGUUGCUUCAGUUGGGCCUGCACCUUCGAGGCAGCCCUUCAUUCCUUCAUUGGCGCUCGCUCUGUCUUCAUGUCUGCAUUUUCUCUCGGCUCAAUAAAUUCCUAAUGACGCUGGUCUACCAACAAUGCUGGUGUGCACAUGAUUGAGCAGAGACCCGUAGAAGAAUGGAUCUAUAGCAGAUUAACAGGAAGGAUCAUGCCUUGGAGGGAUUGUCGUUGAGAAUGUGAACGCAUGCGCAAGAGGUCUUUAGGAACUGUAAAUGCCCAGAUUUGCAUCCUCGCAGCACUGUUUGCCUGUUUUUGUAUGCCAUUGCCCAGCUUGUCAAUAGCCAGAAGAAUGACGUUAUUGACUGCGACUAACUUUCACUUUCAAGUGAUCCUGUACAGUUACAAUAAGAGGAGACUGGAUUGGACUGGAUUACUUUAAAAAUGAGCAGUAAAUUUCCACACAGCAUAAUUUUAUCAUUUGCCCAGUGGGAGCCCGUUAGCCUUUAUCAUACCUAAAUGAAAUCCAUGAAUAGAUUUGCCUGUGCUCAUUCCAGAGUUGUACACGAUUCAUGCCAGACGACGACAGUCUAUAAUGAUGGCACACUGCGUGUUGCCUUUGUCCGGCCUUUGAAAGCCAUAUUUGUAC